GAGAGAGGCGGAGAGAGAGGCUGGCCGUCCGCGCGGCGCUGGAGACGUUGCCUCGAGGCCGCCUCGCCUGCCCGCCUGCUUCUGCUCGCGUGGCCGGGCUUCUCCUCCCGCGGACCUGUUUAUCUCUGGCAUCUUACAGAACAAGUGUAUCCACAGUGUCUCUCUCAACCCCGCGCUGCCCGCCCGCCCAGCCCCGCGCGGAAGUUGCUCGCAGCAUCGCCAGCCGCCGAGCCGAGGAGGCUGCGGGCGGCCGAAGCUCUCCCUGGGCGCGCGCCCCGGCGCCCUGCAGAUGGAGGCGGCCGAGGACUUCGUCGCUCCUCCCGCUGCCGCAGCGGCGAGUCGCCUUUCUCGCGGCGACGGGAGAGCAGGAGCCGGAUCAGGCGACUGAGCCGAAGCAGCCCAGCAAAGCAGCCGAGCUGGCGGCGGCGCCGAAGACAGCGCCGGGCGGCGGAGCGGUUGGCCUCGAGAGCCGCCUUGGUGCAGGAGUCCUCCCUGCCCGCUUCGCUCUUCUCUCGAGGCCGAAGGAGACGCGCUGAGGGCGUCGGGCUCGCUCCGAAAACUGCGGCCCGUCUUAGGCGCAGACGCCGGCGGGAUGGCCGAGCUCCGCGAGGCGUCCACAAAGCGCGGCGAGCGCCGCAGGGUUCCUCCAGGAUCUGUGCUAGUAUCCCCUUCUCUGGAAGCCUGAGGUGCUGUUCUUGGUACCCAGAGCGUGCACAUCUCUCUCUCUCUCUCUCUUCCCCCCCUCCCUUCAUUUUCUACACACACACCCCCCCACUGGCUUACCUGGAUGCCUGCUUACCACAGACCCACGCCACCCUGGCCUCUGCUUCAGCACAUCCUCUCCAGCGACACUGGAUAGACUUCAGCUGGCAGGUGGAUCAAGGGAUUCUUCUUCAGGCUGGGACACAAGUUCUGGCUCUCCACAACUGGCAGAGAUCUACCGGUUACUUCCAGGGCAGCAACGGCAGAGGAACAAUAUUAGCUGGAUUCCCAUGCAGAGAAAGGGGAGGCACAACUUGCGAUCCUAAUUUUGGUUGGCUGCAGCUGUCCCUGAUUUGGAAGAUCAUCCCUUGCGUGGCAGCACUAGGGGAACCACAGCAGUAAGACAGGUCAGGAUUCUGAGUGGAGUGUCCAAGAAGCCACUUCUCCCCCCUCUGCGAGAAUCCUCUGUAGCCUCUUCUCCUCCAGACUGUCGCAAAGCCCAGGGACCCGUCCCUCCUUUUCUACUUUCGCCACUUGAGAGGCUAGGUACCAUACCAUACCAUUCCUUUCCCUUCUCCCCCCUCCAAAAAAAGACUGAAGGAUGAUUUCCACGCAUGGAGGCACCUCUCAUUGUACCCCGCUCUUGCUUUGGUAGCCCAGGCUGUUUGGAUUGCGAUGGAUGGGGUGAGACCUGUGCUGGCAACAUGAUGUAGUGAUUCCUUCAGGGCAAAGGCACCUGGGACUUCGGAUCCUGAGUUUGGAACGACCUGCCAAUUGGACAAAACCUUUCCCUGCAGACUCCCCUUUUCAGGCCCUGGAAGUGGCGAGCUUCUGGGUGCAGCUGUUGCGUCAUUGCGAGUGGGGAAAAUCCAGGCGGUGCUCUGAGAUUUUGGCAAGGUUGGCUUGGGCAGUCUUGACCGUGAAGAUUCUCAUCAUCUUCCAGACCGUGGCUUGUAGCCACAUGGAAGACCUGGGAAAAUCCACGUCGUGGCUGCGGGCUGAGCUGGCCUCCCCGUCUCCGUGCCUCCACAUCCUGGACUGCCGCAGCCGGGAGCUGUACGACUCGUCCCACGUGGAGCGGGCGCUGAGCGUGGCCCUCCCGGGGCUGCUGCUUCGUCGUCUCCGGAAGGGGAAUCUUUCAGUCCGGUCCUUGCUGCCAGGGCCUCCCCAGGCCCUCAGGGAUAGCACGGUGCUCCUAUAUGACGAGGGAACGCUCCAGCUGCCCCCAUCAGGGAGCCAGGAGGAGGACGAAGGGUCGGUGCUGGUGACGCUUCUGCAGAAGCUGCGGGAGGAAGGUUGCCCCGCCUACUACCUGCAAGGAGGCUUCCAUAAAUUUCAGGCUGAAUGGCCACACCUCUGUGAGACCAACCUGGACACAGCCAGUGCUAGUAGCUCACCUGUGCCCCCGACAGCUCCUGUGGUGGGACUGGGCGGCCUGAGCCUCAGCUCCGACUGCUCCGAUGCAGAGUCGGGGCCCCUCAGCAGCGGGAUGGAGUCGGAAGGGGCGAGCCCCCCCUCCUUCCCCGUGCAGAUUCUACCCAACCUCUACCUGGGCAGCGCCCGUGACUCUGCCAACAUGGACACCCUGGCCAAACUGGGCAUCCGCUACAUCCUCAACGUCACCCCCAACCUGCCCAACCUCUUUGAGAAGAACGGCGACUUCCAUUACAAGCAGAUCCCUAUCUCAGACCACUGGAGCCAGAACCUCUCUCAGUUCUUCCCUGAGGCCAUUGAGUUCAUUGAUGAGGCCCUGUCCCGGAACUGUGGCAUCCUGGUGCACUGCUUGGCGGGGAUCAGCCGCUCGGUGACCGUCACUGUAGCCUACCUCAUGCAGAAGCUCAACCUCUCCCUCAACGACGCCUACGAUCUGGUGAAGCGGAAGAAGUCCAACAUCUCGCCCAACUUCAACUUCAUGGGGCAGCUGCUGGACUUUGAGAAGUCGCUGGGGCUCAGCAGGGCCAGCCGGCGCCCCCCCUCCGGCCAGAGCUGCUUCUUCACCUCGCCAACUGACGACAGCGUCUUUGAGCUGGAUCCCACGUAGGGCCAAAACAGGGCGGUGGCCUCUCUUCUUGUCGUCGUCAUUGGCCGCCUCCUCCUCCUCCUCCUCUUCAGUUUUUCCUGCCUGCCCUGGUGGCAGAGUCCCUUCGGGGACCAACUGAAUACCUCACACGCCAGAGAGGAAGGCACCUCUUACAGCUGCCUUUGUUGCUGUGGAUACUGCACACCUUCCCAAACAUGCAGCUCAGCUGAUGGGGCCAGAUCAAUAACCAAAGACCCUCCCUGCCCCCCACAACCCUUUCCGCCUGCCUCUCCAUUCCCCAAGAUGCCUGGAUAAAAUGUUGAGUGUUUCCUCUGGGCACACAGACCGUGUGGUCCAGGCCACCCUGAUAGAUUUUAAAAGAUUUGGAACGGGCCGUUUUCAGGGCUGGAACCUGCUGGUUGCUAAAGUGCCCAUCUUAAUAUAGGACGUUCCCCAUUCUACAGCCAUAAUCUAGAAACUGGUUGGGUUGCAGACCUAUGGCUCCUAUGAGAAUCCUCCCUCCCCCCCAGAACUUCCAGUUCUAGAGCUACAUCAUUCAGUUUAAGGGGGGGAAAUGGGGGGGGGUAAUGAAAGAGAGAAACGAGUCUCCUGUGGCAUGAAUAAAAGGAUAAUCCAGAUUAGAAGCGUAUAUCUCAAAGGUGAAAGGUUCCAUCUUGUUCUUGUUCUUGUUCCAAAACAGUGUCGCUGCAUGUAUAGUCUGAGACUCUAGAAUUGCCUUAGGGAGCCCCUGCCAGGAAUGGUACAAGACACCAAACAAAAGAAUCUACACCCUUUUAAGCCUUUGGCCUCUGGUUCUAGGAAUUAAUCCUAUCAUGCCUGAUGCAAGAACUGCAGCUCUGGAACUGGGACAGUUAAGGAAUCUCUGGGUCAAGAACCUACAAGCUUUGGAUGGAGAUCCAGAAGCCUGUAUCAUUCAUUGUACCUCAACCAUCAUCUGCCCCACAACUUCCCAUCCCAGAAGCAGUUCCAGCCGGCCACUCUGGAAUUAAUCCAGCUAUUUCGGAAAAGCAGAAGGAAAAUGUGUGGGGUCGAGGUUUUGGAGCAGAUUUGCAUCAGGGAGCCGGCUGGAAGACCUAGAUAAUAGGGGGCGUGGCGAUCAGUUCCUGCACAGAGGUGGUGAAAGUGGAGCAGCUCUGAAUUUCAUGCCUGUGUUUGUACAAAUGUUGAAUAUGUGUAUGCCUUAAUGCCUGCUUGUAAGCAACCAGAGCUGUGUGUGUGUGAGUACUAGACAGUGCCUGCUUAGCCUGCAUGCAGGGCUUAAUUUGUGGCCAGAACAUAGGGCUGAAACUCGCUUUCAGUGUCAGGUGCUCCGUCCAGGCACAAGUUAAGUACUAGUAACAAAGAAGAGAGCACUUCUGAGCAUGGGCAGAAAAACAAUCAAAGAAGUAGUAGGUAAAUGGGCAGGCCGCUGGCCACAGGCUGCUCCCCUGCAAUAGGCUACAGUUCUUGGGUAAAAGGAUGUGAAUUGUAAUAAAUAGGCUUGAACCUCAGCACUUCCUUUUUUAAAAAAAUGAAUUAAAUUAACCAUUGCCUGUAAGUGAGUGUAGUCAGAUAACAGAUUGUGCCUGUAUGUUCUAUGUCCAGGGCAUGCUGAUGCCCCCUGCUUAAUGAGAGUUCCCUAGGUGUCUGUUGUGGGGGAGGAGGGGAAAGGAGAUUGUUAGCCGCUUUGAGACUCCUUCGGGUAGUGAUAAAGCGGGAUAUCAAAUCCAAACUCCUCCUCUUCUUCUUCACUAUGGAUCUGCUGGGCUGAUUCUCUGCUGCAAUUCCAUAAGUUGUUGGCAUUUUCUGCAGGAUUGGCUUCUUCCUGAUCCCGCCUUCCUUUCUUGACAUUUCUUUAAAGCAACUUUCUUAGUCCUUUUGGCUAUGAAGAUAUGCUUAAAAGUGCUCUCAGGCAAUGCUUGCUGAAAUAAUCUUGAGCAGCUGCAGAAUGAGGGGCUCCAGGGUCCUGCAUAGUGGGCCUCCCUAUGAUUAGCAAAAGCAGGAUAAAGGAUGCAGAGCUGUAAGCAAAAAUUUGCAGAGUAACACUGCAAUCUUAGUGUCUGCAUAGAAUUACUGGUAAGUCCUAUGAUGUCCGAUGAGACUUAUUCCUAGGUAAAGGUGUAGAGAGGACUGCAGCUUAGGUUGUACAAAAUACAAGCAAUUAUGCAAAUUCACUCAGCUAGUAUCAUUCAUGUGGGUUGCAGAAUUCAGCUUUGGGUGGGGGGGGGGAUUUGGACUGCCUGGACACAACCUUUAAUUUUAUUUGGCUGUAGACUUCAGUCCUGUGUACCUGUAGGUGAAAAAUGCAGGUCCGUCAUUUUCUCUUUUCCUCUUCAUGGCAGCUAAGAGAACUGCCUUAGGAUGGUCAUUUUUUAAAUAAUAAUAAUAAUAAUUAAUAAUAAUGGUUGGUAUCCUGGUCUCUUUGUUUUCCAAAUGAAUGUAUAUGGCUUCGGAACCAACUGCGGAGAUAGGCAAGGACUGUCAUUGCCAUGGGCAACACAGUCACUGCAAUAAAAACAGGCCUUUAAACAGAGGAGUGUGGAUUUGUUUGGUGUUGAUGCCGAUGAAAAGCAGCUGAUGGCGAACCACUUCACAUGCACAGGACUAAUCCAAAGAAAGCCACUAACCCGGGUUUGAGGAACCUCUGGCCCUGGAGAUGUUUGCUGAACUACAACUCCCAUCUUUCUUGGCUAUUGGCCAGGCUUGCUGGGACUUCUGGGAGCUGUAGUUCAGCAGCAUCUGGAGGGCCAAAGGUUCCCCACAUCUGCCAUAACCCCAAUGACUGAGAUCAUCUGGAUUUUUAAAUAAAAAACAGAAUGGUGUUUCAUAGUGUACAUACACCAUCUUUAUAAUUUAAAACGUGGCUGUACAUUUCUGUACUCAGAAAUAAAUAAAAGCCUCACUCACUGAUGUUUUGAGUAGAAGACA